AUGAGUGCUGCUCCAUUGGAUUACAAGAAGGCUUUAGACCAUUUGAAGAGUUACAGCUCCAGAGAUGGUCUUUCUGUUCAGGAAUUGAUGGAUUCUACAACCAGAGGUGGGUUGACUUACAAUGAUUUCUUGAUCUUACCAGGUUUGGUUGACUUUCCAUCUUCUGCAGUUAGUUUGCAAACAAAAUUGACCAAGAGAAUCUCCCUGAACACUCCAUUUGUGUCUUCUCCUAUGGACACAGUCACUGAAACCGAUAUGGCUAUCUACAUGGCUUUGUUAGGUGGUAUUGGUUUUAUCCAUCAUAACUGUACUCCAAAGGAACAGGCUUCCAUGGUAAAGAAAGUUAAAAUGUUCGAAAACGGUUUCAUCAAUUCUCCAAUAGUCAUUUCCCCAGCCACUACUGUUGGUGAAGUUAAGGCCAUGAAAAGAAAAUUUGGUUUCUCUGGUUUCCCUGUUACUGAAAAUGGUAAAUGUCCAGGUAAGUUAGUCGGGUUGGUCACAUCUCGUGACAUACAAUUUUUAGAGGAUGAUUCACUAGCCGUUUCUCAAGUUAUGACUAAAAAUCCAGUUACUGGUGUUAAAGGCAUUACUUUGAAAGAAGGUAAUGAAAUCCUAAAACAAACCAAAAAGGGCAAGUUGCUAAUUGUCGAUGAAGAUGGUAACUUAGUUUCCAUGUUGUCAAGAGCAGAUUUGAUGAAGAAUCAAAAUUACCCACUAGCUUCUAAGUCCGCUACUACAAAGCAAUUGUUAUGUGGUGCUGCUAUUGGUACUAUUGAGGCUGAUAAGGAGAGAUUAAGACUGUUGGUUGAAGCUGGUUUAGACGUUGUUAUCUUGGAUUCUUCUCAAGGUAACUCUAUUUUCCAAUUGAACAUGAUCAAAUGGAUCAAGGAAACAUUCCCGGAUUUAGAAAUCAUUGCCGGUAACGUUGCUACUAGAGAACAAGCUGCCAAUUUGAUCGCUGCUGGUGCAGACGGUUUGAGAAUUGGUAUGGGUUCUGGUUCCAUUUGUAUCACUCAAGAAGUUAUGGCUUGUGGUAGACCACAAGGUACCGCUGUUUACAACGUUUGUCAGUUUGCUAACCAAUUUGGUGUUCCAUGUAUGGCUGACGGUGGUGUUCAAAACAUUGGUCACAUCACCAAGGCUUUGGCCCUUGGUUCCUCUACCGUCAUGAUGGGUGGUAUGUUGGCUGGUACUACCGAGUCCCCAGGUGAAUACUUCUUCAAAGAUGGUAAGAGAUUGAAGGUUUACCGUGGUAUGGGGUCCAUUGAUGCUAUGCAAAAGACCGGUAACAAGGGCAAUGCCUCUACCUCUCGUUACUUUUCUGAAUCUGACAGUGUCUUGGUUGCGCAAGGUGUUUCUGGUGCUGUUAUUGAUAAAGGUUCUAUCAGGAAGUUCAUUCCAUACUUGUACAAUGGUUUGCAACAUUCUUGUCAAGAUAUUGGCUACACAUCAAUGGAUUUGUUGAAGGAAAAUGUCCAAAAGGGAGAAGUCAGAUUUGAAUUCAGGACCGCUUCUGCUCAAUUAGAAGGUGGUGUCCAUAAUCUGCACUCUUAUGAAAAGCGUCUACACAACUGA